GCUCACUGUGACGUACGUCGACGGGUAGUAACAGAAAAAGGAGAACCAGUCCAGUUAACCUGACCUGCCGUCUCUUAUUUGUGUUAGUUCUUCAUAACACUCGAGUUUGCUUCGCAAAAUGUUUUGUCGACAGUUAUACGCGGUUCUAAUUUAACAAACAAACAUGCUGGUUUAUUCGUCGUCAGGCCGUGAGUAUAUUCAGCUGUUGAAACUGACCGACGGAUAGGAUGCUUUUGUUGCUACGCUAGCUAGCUAGCUGGACUCAGCUUCAGGAUGGACAGCUGAGUGCUAAUUGAAGGAGUAACACAUACAUGUCCUGUGAAUGAAUCUUGAGAGCACCGUCUCCUCAGUGUAAAGGGAGUUUUGUGAGUGCCUUUAGCUACCUCUGAACCGUGUAGACGAUGAAGAACUGCGAGUACCAGCAGAUCGACCCACGGGCGCUGUCCGUUUCGCCGCUGUCGGUUCAGAACCACGCCGAGAAGAAAGUGCAGCGCCCGCGAAGAAAAUGGGAAGUGUUCCCGGGAAAGAACAGGUUUUUUUGCGACGGGCGGCUCAUCCUGGCCAGACAGAACGGCGUCCUUCCUCUAACACUGGGCCUUAUUCUCGUCACUAGUGGCCUUUUCUUUGUUUUCGAUUGCCCCUUCCUGGUGACGCAUCUGACCGUCUUUAUACCUGUGAUAGGAGGGGUUCUCUUUGUGUUUGUGGUUACCUCCCUGCUGAGAACCAGCUUUACAGACCCAGGCAUUUUACCCAGGGCCACUGCAGAUGAAGCUGCAGACAUUGAAAGGCAGAUAGAUUCCUCAGGAUCCUCAACAUAUCGCCCCCCUCCUCGAACCAAGGAGAUCCUCAUCAACCAGCAGGUGGUAAAGCUCAAGUACUGCUUCACUUGUAAGAUGUUCCGGCCUCCUCGGACCUCCCACUGCAGUCUGUGUGACAAUUGUGUCGAACGGUUUGAUCACCACUGCCCAUGGGUGGGGAACUGUGUUGGGAAACGCAACUACCGCUAUUUCUACAGCUUCAUCAUCUCUCUGUCUUUUCUGACAUCUUUUAUAUUUGGCUGUGUCAUCACACACAUCACCCUUCGUUCUCAAACGGGUAAAAGCAUCGUACAAGCUGUUCAGGAGAGCCCUGCUAGUGUGGUGGAAUUGGUCAUUUGUUUUUUCUCAAUCUGGUCUAUUCUGGGCCUCUCAGGCUUCCAUACCUACUUAGUAGCCUCUAACCUCACCACAAAUGAAGAUAUCAAGGGGUCCUGGUCAAGUAAACGGGGAGCAGAGGAGUCUGGAAACCCCUACAGUUAUAACAACAUUAUAACCAACUGCUGUGCAACAUUAUGCGGUCCUAUGCCUCCAAGCCUGAUUGAUCGAAGGGGGUUCCAUCUACCUGAUGAGGUGAUCCCUGUUGCUUCGGCCUUAGAGAUGGAACUGCCUCCAUUCACGCCCAAGAGUGAUGCAAACAUGUGCACUCAGAGCACAAAGGACGUGUUGGAGAGGAUGCUCCACUCCUCUGACUUUCAUGGCCUGUGCCCUUCAGGGAUCCAAAAGACCACCCCUCUGGUCCAGGAGGUUCCCAGAACCCCAGCAACCGCAGAGCCCUCACUCUCUUCUGGCUGCUCACGACAGCUUGCCCAUCAGGCUGUGGUUGACCCAUGCCCACCGUUCAGCAAAAGCAACAGAAGAGACUCGCUGCACUCGAUCAAUCCGGCCUUCCGCCUGGCUUCUCCCUCGCCGACGUUUAGCCGCAGCAUGCCGGUUCUCGGCGAUGGACGUGCCAUUGGUUUUAUGCCACAGCAUUGAUAUUGCUCAGUCACCAUCAGAGCAGAGAGGCAGACAUGGUGGACUAUAGGCUGCUCAGGCUGCACACAUUGCUGCUGUUUGUCAUCAGGCAGUGGUUUUGGACACACAGACUAUCUGUCAGAUUAGCGAUCAUGAAGCAUGUGGGACUUUGGUGUCUAAAGAUGUCCUUGUGGGGAAUUAUGCUUAAUUUCAGUCACUAGUGUCCAGCUGUACACAUCCUUCAAAAUGGAGGGGAAUCUUAGUAACACUUGAGAGCACAAUAUAGAGAUAUUUUUUCACAUCUUUUUUAGGACGCUGGAAAUGUCCCGCCACCUUUUUCUGCAGCACCUCAGUGUUUAAGUUCCUGCUGAUGUCAUAUGCAAACAAAGGUUUAAAUGUGGACACACUUUUGAUUUUGGUUGUUAAUGUAAGAAGCCAAAAACAAAAGUUGGACUUUGUUAAAUUCUUUGGAUAGUGAGCCAUUUUAACACGAAGAGCCUCUAGCAUUGUCCAAGUUUCUGAUCAUCUACAUUGUCCUGUCUAUGUUUGAUGGACUGAUUAUUGAAGUAUUUUGAAGGAGAUUGCUGCUCAGGUUUUGUAACCAGGGUUUGAGAUUUGGAUCUUGGAAUUUUGCAAAUCCUUUUGUAAGGAAGCUAAUGUUUUGCAAGAUCCAGAGUUACUUUUGUGAGAUCCCCAAAAAGGAUUUGUGAGAUCCCAAGCUGCCUUUGUGAGAUCCCAAAUUAUGUUUAAGAGGUUCAACAAACGUUUUGUGAGUUGGUUUGGCUAAAUAUUGCAACAGUUUUGCAAGAUCCUGAGUUACUUUUUGGAGACUCUGCAAAAGCUUUACGAGAUCCUGCAAAAGAUUUCCAAGAUUUUAAUUUACUUAUGCAAGACCGUACAAAAUUUUUUUAAGGUACCAAGUUACUUUGGCAGGAUCCUCCAGAAGAUUUGCGAGAUCCUGAGUCACUUUUGUCAGAGUUUUAUUUGCAGGAUCCUGCAGACGUUUUCUGAGACCCCCAAAAGUUUUCUGCAAGAUCCCAAGUUAAUUUUGUUUUUAAUCAUACAACUUUUUCAGGGAUCCUAACUUGUUUUUGUGAGGCGAUAAGUUGCUUUCACAAGAUUCCAGAUUACUUUCAUCAGAUCCCACAAAGGUUUUGCAGGAUUCUGAAGUACUUUUGCGAGAUCUCAAGGUGUUUUUAUUGGACAGCGCAAAAUCUUUGCAAGAUGCUGAGUUACUUUUAUGACACCUCAUAAAGGUUUUCUCGCAAGAGCAUCAAGCUGCAGACCAUGGGUGUAAAUGCAUGAUCUCCACCAUUAGAAGUUUAGUUCUUGUAGUUUGUUUCAGGGAUUAAUAGUAUGUUAAAGAUGCUCAACUCUAGCAAUGUUCAAAUAAAGGGCAAAUGCUUAAAACUGUAAGUAAGAAGGACAUUUUAAAUUAUAGCAGAUGUAAUCUGUCGGACAUAGCUUAAGCUUAACCUCAGUUUUUUAUAACAAGAGCCUUAAAAUAGCAAACACUGGGAAAAGUUGCACAUCUAGUUCUGAAUCAUACACUGAUAGAUGUGAACAAAUAUUAGUGAAACUACACCUGUGCAAUAAUUAUAAAGUCAUUCACUAUUCAACUUAAUGGUUUACUGUUGCAAAAGACCAAAAUCUAACCGGGACAUUUUUUUUAUUCGUACUUUUUAUGUUAUACUUUGCUUUUGCUCUUAAAUAAUAAAACGUCUGCAGCAUCUCGCAAAAUGUAACUCUGUUUGUUGCAAAACUUUACUUUUAAAACUAUAUUUUAUUUUUCCUUUCUGUGUCCCUGGGCUCAGUACAUAAGGAAACUAAGGCUAGAAAAUAAUAUUUAAACUACACUGUGUUUGUUCAGAUUUUCCAUGUGGAAUAGGAUGGAAUGUACAGCAUUUUUUUGUGUUCCCUGUGUCUAAAAUUUGGAGAUCACAACAAGAAUAUUUAAGUCAUGUUUGCAACUUUUUGUUUGGAACUCAUAUAGCAAUAUAAUUUCUGACACAGUACAUGUUUAAUGUAUUCUGCAGGGAUGAGUAUUUUUUAUCAGUUUUUUUUUUUUAUCAGUUUGGCUGCAGCACAGACCCGACCCAAAUUUUGAACAUAAACAUUGUCUCAGAAAUCUCAAACUGUAUCAUCUUACAGUAAAUGGCAUGAAGUGAAAUGCACCACUAGGGGGCAGGAUGUGAACAACAUAUUUAUUUCAGUCUUAAUUUAGUCAUGUGGACAUCACCAGCAGAAUGCCUUUUUUGUUUUAUUUAUUUUGAUUUUUUUGUAUUUGAACUUUGAAGGUGUUCAUUUCUUGUGAGUUAGUAAAGAUUCUCUUUGGUGUAGCUCAUUUAUCAGUCUGCAGCAAGGUCUGUAGGUUGUGUAUACGAUUACAAGCAGUGCUUGUAGGAACAGACUUGUUUGUAUUUUGCAGUGUAGCAGUAAAAUUGUAUCAUGUGACCAAUAAACAUCCGUUUUUGUUGAA